AGCCGGUCUGCGCCCGCGACAGUUGCUGGAGUACUUUCCCGCGCGACGCACGCGCACAGCACCUCGCUCGUAAACGCCCACAAUUACGUGAUCCCAUUUAAAGCCAUUCCUAUUCAAAGUGUGAAAACUACAUAAAUUGAGCAAUCCUUUGUUUUAUUCGCCGAGGUUUAUAUUUGUGUAAUCUUCAAAGUGUGCAUAGCGGAAGCAGGGGGUGAACGGUAAAGAUCAGCGAGCUGAUUGUAUACUUAGGCAAAUGAGAUGAUAAGGCUGCACCUAACGGACCGACACCUUCGUGUAAUGCUGUGGUGCAUCCUGCUGGGACUGCAGCCAGCGUUUGGCGGCAUACUAGACCCGUUCAACUGGGCCAGAUCAGACAGAAUCGAAGUUAACAUCCCUUGGUUGCCAUUCGAAAACGAAACAAGAUGCUACGACGAGCUUGGUUGCCUGAACAUCACAAGGAGUUGGUACCAUCUCAUCCACCGACCCUUUAAUGUGUUCCCGCUUCCUAGAGUCGUUAUAAACACAAGGUUUAUUUUAUACACAAAGAAAAAUCCCACCGAUGGUCAAAUACUGAAUGUGAACGUGAACAAAACUAUAGUGAAAUCCAACUUCAGCCCGCGACGGCUCACCAAGUUGAUCAUACACGGCUUCAUCGACACGCCUCUGUCCAACUGGGUCAGUGAGAUGAAGGACGAACUGGUGAAGGCGGACGACUUCAACGUGGUGGUAGUGGACUGGGCAGGCGGAAGUCUACCACUAUACACGCAGGCUACCGCCAACACCAGGCUGGUUGGCUUGGAGGUGGCGCACUUCGUCAACACGCUACAGAAAGACCACGGUUUGAAUCCUCUUGACGUUCACAUCAUAGGCCACUCGCUUGGUGCCCACACGGCGGGUUACGCCGGGGAAAGGAUACAAGGAUUAGGAAGGAUAACAGGCCUGGACCCGGCCGAACCAUAUUUCCAAGGAAUGCCGACCAAUGUGCGUCUCGACCCGACCGACGCUGAAUUCGUAGACGUCAUUCACACAGACGGAAAAAGCAUUUUCCUUUUAGACUUUGUGUUUAUGGCAGGAUAUGGUAUGUCGCAACCCGUGGGUCACUUGGACUUUUACCCCAACAAUGGGAAGGAACAGCCGGGUUGUGACCUCACCGAGGGCCCGCUGGUGCCCCUCACGCUGGUCAAACAGGGCCUGGAAGAGGCCUCGAGGGUGCUAGUGGCUUGUAAUCAUGUUCGAGCUAUUAAACUUUUCACGGAAUCUAUCAACGGGAAGUGUUCCUAUAUAGGACAUCAGUGUCCAUCGUACCAACAUUUUCUGGAUGGAAAAUGUUUUCAUUGCGGCCACGGAUGUGCGAUCAUGGGUUUCCACGCCGACAGUUCUCCAGGCUUAAUAACGAACAAAAACAACCAGUCAGAGAACGAAGUGUACCCGUCUGAGGAACAAGAGACUAUCGGAGCUAGGUACUAUCUCAACACUGGUAAAGCACAACCAUUUUGCCAACGCCAUUACAGGAUCGCUAUACAGCUAGCUAACCCGAAAGGAGCAGAGUCUUGGGUUCAGGGUUUCUUAAAAGUGACGCUACUAUCCGACCGGGGAGUAAUUCGAGGGAUGGAUUUAACCCCGAGUAAUUACGUCAAAUUAGAACAUGGAACAUCGUUCACAGUAGUUGUCACACAUCCAAUGGAUUUGGGUGGUAAAGUUAGAAAGGUGGAACUAUCAUGGGAAUACGACAUGAAUGUGCUGGAGCCGCGGUCUCUGUGCAUUCUGUGGUGCAACGACCGCUUGUACGUCAAGUCGGUGCUGGUCGACCAGAUGGAGCUGCCUAGCAGAGGAAAACGCAACGUAGACUUCAGUAGCAAGCUCUGCACGCCAAAGCGCGAAUUCGCCGAGAUCCCCAACCGGGGCUCGGCCAGUUUCUACGACAACUGCGGCAGGUAGCGACGCCGUGUCCGCGCGUCGGCUUUAGUUUCCACCGGCCGCGCACUAAGUGCCACCCUGCUACUUCUCUACAUAACAUUGGCACUGUGUGCGUCUGGCAUCGAACGUGAAAGACACUGUGUACAUAAGCAGCAGAAACAAGACCUUUGAUUGGUGAAUCAGCUGUCGUGCGAGAAACGCCUCUGUGUACACCCAAACCCAAUCUAACAACGGUUCUUGAAGACCUGACAUGCAGGCAUAUCUGAUCAUAUCAACCGGAACACGUCCACUACUGGACAGAGAUCAUGCUCAAAACGUUCAAGAAUAUAUCCACAAGGUUGUACGUGCCUUCAAUCACAUCAACUGACUAGAUUGGUCCACUAUUUUAGAGGCUUUUCCACGUAUGUCCGGUAUGUGCACGAAAGGCGAUAUCUCACCGGUACAAAAAGCUUUAGAACAUCACAAAAAUGAAAAUAGUGAAUUAUUUAGUGAUGUGGAUAUUUGGAUGGAUCGGGGAGUAAGGAACCAGUGACUGAAUCCCAGUGAUACAGGGAUGUGAGAUUCUGUACCUAAAUUAUAAACUUGUUGACGUUAAUGUUUAAGACGCUGUUGAAUACUCGUUUAAACAUAGUUUAGGUAUUGAAGUAAACUUGUUUCAAAAGUAUUUAUGGCCAAUUUUGAUGUUUAUUAUUAACUCAAAGUAUAAAAUUGUAGAUAUAUUUUCAAUCUUAAAAUUCUGUUAUUUAUUUAUUGACGGUUUUUGUUUAUUUCCUUGCGGUUGUUGUAAAUAUUAUUACGUUAAGUUUGCUAAAAAAAUUAAGUAAACACUAUAUCUAUAAGCAUUUAUACAAAGUAAGUCCGAACAAAUUUUAUUUAUUUAAAGGUGAUUUUAUACUUGCCGAAUAAAAAUGCUAAAACCUAAA